AGGCAGCACGAGUCAAAUUGGGGAGAUAUGCAUUAGAGGGAGGGAGUAAAGGUGGCCGAGCCCCGGCAGCGGACGGAACGGAAUCUGUCAUGGGUCAGUGGACCGGGGAGUCUCUUGGAGAGCGAGGAUCCUGGCGGCUCAUUCAACCACCCGCUCUCCAAGCCUGGGCUGCCUGAUCCCGCCUCUGCCCUGCAGCCAUCGGACGUGGAGAUGAGAAUGCAGCUCGGGCCCGACACACCAGCCAGCCAGCGGUCCUGGGACACUGCCCGGACCGAUCCCGCCGAGGGCGAGAUCCGAUAUGUGCCCUACAAAGGCGAAGAGCAGCUUCCGUAUCUUAUGGCCCUGAUCGACAACGACCUGUCCGAGCCCUACUCGAUCUACACAUAUCGCUUCUUCCUCCACAGCUGGCCGGACCUGUGCUUUCUGGCCAUGGACGGCGACAAAUAUAUCGGGGUCGUCAUCUCGAAGCUGGAGAGGCAUCGAUCGACAACCCUGCGUGGAUACAUCGGCAUGCUCGUUGUCGACAACACAUACCGGAAACGGGGGAUAGGCUCAACGCUGGUCAAGCUCUCGAUCGAAGCGAUGAAAAAUAAGGAUGCCGACGAGGUGGUUCUGGAGACGGAGCUGACCAACGGAGGAGCCCUGCGAUUGUACGAGAACCUCGGCUUCAUCCGCGACAAGCGGCUAUCACGCUACUAUCUCAACGGCGUCGAUGCCUUUCGAUUGAAGCUCUGGCUCAAACGGCAGGAGGACAUGCACACUUGCGAGGAGACAGCGGAAGACGAUCAAGCCCACCACGCCGAGCACGAAGCAGCGUCGGCGAACCAGGGCUACUACGACGAUGCGUUGCUGGAUGACGACUUUGAACAGCAGCUCCGCGAGCGCUUUGGGGUUUGAGGGACGGAUGCGUUGCGCGGGACAUGCGAGGGAGUGCUUGGACCGUGUACAUAUGGGGCCGAGGCAAUCGACCGGGCCGCGUCUGCAACAUGGGGUGGGCUCUGAGCCCCCAUGAUCUCCUGAGCCGGCGCGCAUGAUGCCGCAUCCUGGGGCUUUUGUUUGCCCUUUUCUCUUCCUUUCCUUUGCCCAGGGCUCGUGUCGCAGAGAC